AAUAAAUGGAGUUGCACGAAGAAGGGAUUUGCCAAGUUCUAGAUGCACGUUGGGGCAAUGUUGCCACGUCUGCGAAUUUGAGGGGUGGGAAUGAAGGAUGGUGAGAUACGGAGGCAGGAAAUAAACUUGACUCCCCCCCGCCGCCUGUCUCUCUAGCGCCGCCCUUUCCUACAGAAAGUGUUGAAAAAUGUGCUAAGCUCCAGAGGUCGGUGAAGUUAAAAUUCAAAAAGUGGAGUUGCUAUGCAAAAACAAAAAGACAACCAGGCUCUGGACGGAGUGAGUUUUCUCGUUAAAUUUUCGAAUCUAACGUAUCUUAAAAAUACUUUAGCGUGACUUUUUGAAAUACAUCGUAGGCAUCUCUCCGUGUUCAAAUGCCCAUGGUGCAUUUAUGAUAAAGAUACUUUUUUAAGCGCGUGGAGCUGUUUAAAAUGGAAAGUGCCUUCUGGAUUCUCCUUUGCUUUAUGUGUGUGGCUCUGGGGGCUGGAGCUCUCAUUCCAGAACCAGAAGUAAAAAUCGAAGUGCUCCAAAAACCCUUCAUUUGCAAGAGGAAGACCAAGCUGGGCGAUAUGCUGUUGGUACACUAUGAAGGCUAUUUGGAGCAAAAUGGAUCACUCUUUCAUUCUACUUACAAGCAUAACAAUGGCCAGCCUACAUGGUUUACUCUUGGUAUAAAGGAAGUUAUCCAAGGCUGGGAUAAAGGUUUGGCCGAGAUGUGUGUAGGAGAGAAACGCAAGCUAACUGUUCCUCCAUCCCUGGGUUAUGGAAAAGAAGGAAAAGGAAAAAUCCCACCUGAGAGCACAUUGAUCUUCAACAUUGACCUUCUAGAAAUCCGAAAUGGACCAAGGUCUCAUGAGUCCUUUCAAGAAAUGGAUCUUAAUGAUGACUGGAAGCUAUCUAAAGAGGAAGUAAAAGUGUAUUUGAAGAAUGAAUUCCAGAAGCAUGGGGCACCAGUCAAUGACAGCCAUCAUGAUUUUCUGGUUGAAGACAUUUUUUCUAAAGAAGAUGAGGACAAUGAUGGUUUUAUCUCUGCAAGGGAGUUUGUUUAUAAGCAUGAUGAGUUAUAAAGCAUUUUGAAUUUUCAGCAAGAGAGAAAACAAUGACUUGCAAAACUGACACUUUUCUAAAUGCAUUUUGAGCUGCCUUUUACUCAUGGGGGAAAGUGUAUUACAUACUUCUCUACAAGAACAAGUCUUGAAAUCUAAUGCUGUUACUUUUUAACAUAAGAGUAGAAGCACAAGAUUUCUGUUAAAGUAUUUUGAUGGGAAUUCUACAUAUUUAUUUCUAAAACUAUGAAGCAUUUUCAGUAACAUUGCUUAGCAUUACAUUCCAGUAUUGUUUAAAUGUGACUUUUUUUCUCAAAAUAAAUACCAGAACGGUGA